AAAAUCAAAACAAAUCAAAACGCGCAAGAAGACGGUUUCGGUUGGUUCCCAUAAAAAAUAAAAAAUUAAAAAUAAAAACAUAUUAAUUUGUUUAACUACCGUUAGAACAUUUUGGCCGUUCAUUAUAAUAUUUCAAAGGGUAGUUGCGUUACAACGGGAUGAGCUGGAGACUGCCGCUCGUGUAAGGGCAUCGCGUUUGUUUUAUUGAUUCGCAAACAGUGGGAAUCCUCGUCACAAUUCAAACCGAAAACACUUGAUCUGAAGCAAAUAAAGAAACUAGCUAAUAUUUAGUUAAUACAAGUGCAGUUCUGCUUCCGAAGCUGUAAGUGCGCGUGGGUGUUCGGCUGUGUGUGCAAGUAAAGGAUUACGGAAAAGACGCGACCUGGCAUUGUAACUGUGUCCUGUGCGACCAUGCGUGUGUGUGGGUGAGCGGCGAAAGUGACAAAAAAGUUAUUGAUAAAAUUCGCAGACUGCAAAAGAUGUAGAACAAACUCCGAGCCAGACCGCGGAAGCUCAGCAGCGAGAUCUUCCCUUGGAAUCCCAGCCGGGGACAAAGAAUUGCAGUCAACUCUACAGGAUGUCGUUUAAGCUCUUUCGCCGCGGAUCAGCGCGCUGUAUUGGCCUGCUGUCUGCGUUUGUGACUAUCCUGCUCUGCCUCUACUACAUCUCCAUUGGCCAGCCCAAUCCGGCGCCUGUUUCCGAGACGGGAGUUCCCACGGCAGCGUUGCGGGGAUCGCCUCUCAAUGGCCUUACCGGGUUUAGCGUGGGCGGAGGCUCCUCCUCGAUCAUCCACCAACAGCAGCUACAGAAGCUGCAUGCGGCCGUCAUCUCAAACCAAAAGAAAUUCCAGGAGCAGGCAGAAGUAACUGCAGAACCGCCGUCCGAGGAGCAGCAGUACGCCAACAGCCAGUGGGGUGACAAGUGCUACGAGCUGAUCGAAAGUAACACAAACAUAACGGCCAACCAGGAGCACAGCAAGUUCGAUUUCCAGCCAGAGUGGAUGCGCUCAAAGGAGUACUGGGAUCGUGGCUUUGAGGAGCGUUUUGACGCGCAGAAGAAGGACAAACAGCGGCCCCCGCUGAAGAUAAUCGUGGUGCCGCACUCCCACAAUGAUCCUGGCUGGCUGAAGACUUUUACCAACUACUUCCAGUCGGACUCGCGCCAGAUCCUCAACCUGCUGGUGACCAAAAUGCAGGAGUACACGGACAUGACGUUCAUCUGGUCGGAGAUAAGUUUCCUGCAGCUGUGGUGGGACCAGGCACAUCCCACCAAGCAGCGAGCUCUGAAGCGACUUAUCGACUCGGGUCGCAUCGAAAUUACCACCGGCGGCUGGGUAAUGACAGAUGAGGCAAAUGUCCACGUUUAUCCCAUGUUGGAUCAGUUAAUCGAGGGCCAUCAGUGGCUAAAGAACAACCUGAACGUUACUCCGAAAGUGGGCUGGUCCAUUGACCCCUUUGGCCAUGGUAGCACGGUGCCGUACCUGCUUUCUGGAGCGAACUUCGAAGGCGCCAUCAUCCAGCGGAUACAUUACGCUUGGAAGCAGUGGUUCGCCCGCCAGCAGUCAGGGGACUUCAUCUGGAAGCCCUAUUGGCGGAGCAAAAGCGGAAAGUCCAGUGAAACCGGCAGCCUGCUCACUCACAACAUGCCCUUCGAUAUAUACUCGAUCAAGGGAUCGUGCGGACCGCAUCCAUUCAUCUGCCUGAACUUUGACUUCCGCAAGAUCCCCGGCGAGUACACGGAGUACUCCGUAAAGGCACAAUUCAUAACAGACGACAAUCUGGAAGCAAAGGCACAGCUCCUGCUGGAGCAGUACGCACGGACUGCGUCGCUCUUCCCGCACAACGUGGCCCUUAUUCCGGUGGGCGAUGAUUUCCGGUACAACAAGGAGCGCGAAGUGGACCAGCAGUAUCAGAACUACAAGAAGCUGAUAGAUCACAUCAUGGCCAAUCGGAGGCUGUACAACGCUGAUAUCCGCUUCGGCACGCCGAGUGAUUACUUCGAGGCCAUCAAGGAGCGCAUGAAGGAGCAGAGUCCCGGUUUCCCGAGCUUCAAGGGCGACUUCUUCGUUUAUUCGGACAUUUUCUCGGAGGGCAGGCCGGCAUAUUGGUCGGGAUACUUCACUACACGUCCCUUUUACAAGUUAUUGAGCUCCGAGUUGGAGCACCACCUGCGUUCCGCUGAGAUUCUCUUUACGCUGGCCUACAACACCGCUCGCCAGGCGAAGCGGGAGAAUGCCAUUAAGAUCUACGAGAAGAACUACGAGCUUAUCAUCAAUGCCAGGCGUAAUCUGGGGCUCUUCCAGCACCACGAUGCCAUCACUGGAACCUCCAAGGCUGCGGUGAUGCGGGACUACGCCAUGCGUCUGUUCGAGAGCACCCAGAACAUGGUAAAGAUGCAGGAAUCCUGCCUGGAGCUGCUACUGCAGAAGGGCCAGCCGCACCACCAUGGCUUCGUGCUGAGUGAAUUUGAGCGUGAUAACUUCAAUAAGCUGCCACGAAAGAUGCCCAUCCAGAUGGUCAGCGGAGAUGAGUCCACGCCUACAGCUUCGGCGGGAGGAGGAACUGGAGCGGGUGGUGCAGCUUCUACCGGAUCUGUGGGAAGCUUUGUGCUCUACAACUCCUUAGCACAGAAGCGCGUCGAGAUCGUGACCCUGCGAGUGCAGCAUCCCAAUGUUAAAAUUCUCAACGAGAAGGGCGUGGAGCUAAGUCACAUCCAGAUCAAUCCGGUGUGGAACAUCACCGAGUCCUACGAGCAGGAAAUAGGCACAUCCGUCACCGGAACGAUGGGGCGAAUUCGCACCUCGACCCGCCAAUUCGAGGUGAUGUUUGUGGCCGAGCUGGAGCCGCUGUCCCUCAGCACGUAUCGCGUUCUGGUCGAUGAGGUCAACUACAAGCGGAACAUUGCGACCAUCUACUGUGAUGAGUGCACGGAGCGAGCGGCAGCGGCAUCGCCAGGCUCUAGUCCACCGGAGGAAGUUGAAGCCUCUCCAGCUGCAGUUUUUGAGGCGCGUGCCAAGCCAGCGGGAGACAUCCAACUGGAGAAUCCGCACAUGCGCCUGCUGUUCGACGAGAAGAGCGGCUUUCUUAAGACCAUUACGCGCAAGAACCAGAAAAAGGAGCUUCUCAAGCCGAUGCAGUGCAACAUCAAGUUCGCCGCCUACCGCAGUGCCCAGUUCCACUCGGGUGCGUAUCUGUUUAAGACAGAUCCCGAGCAGAGCGAGGCCGAAAAGGAUGUGCUCGAGGGCUAUACAGACGUGCGCAUUAUCAUCACCUCGGGACCGAUUGCCAGCGACGUCACCGUCAUCUAUGGCCCCUUCCUGGCCCACACAGUGCGCAUCUUCAACACAAGGACCCAUCUCGAUGCUGCUAUAUAUGUGGAGAACGACAUUGACUUUGAACCACCGCCAAAGAACCGGGAGACGGAGCUUUUCAUGCGACUGAUCACCAACAUAGACAAUAUUGCUCAAGCGCCCAUGCAGCGUGAUCCCCUCAAGGAGCCGGCGGAGACGGGACCCAUGCCCGAGCUGCCGAUCUUCUACAGCGAUCAGAACGGUUUCCAGUAUCAUGAACGCAUCAAAGUGCCCGCCAUUGGCAUCGAGGGCAACUACUUCCCCAUAACCUCGGGCGCCUUCAUUCAGGAUUCUCGUCUCCGGCUUACCUUGUUAACCACUCAUGCCCAGGGUGCGGCCAGCUAUGAGCCCGGCCAGCUGGAGGUUAUGCUGGACCGGCGGACGCUGUACGACGACUAUCGUGGCAUGGGAGAGGGCGUCGUGGAUAGCCGUCUGACGCGACAUAAGUUCUGGCUCCUGGUGGAGGACUUGCCAGGCGGUCAGCAACCUAUCCAGCCGCCCAGCUACAAGGUGCUCAGCCAACAGGCCCAGCAUCUGGCCAACACUUUGCGCUACCCGCCAAAUCUUUACUUUUUGAGUAACCUGGAACAGCCGGAACUGGCCGCGGCGCUGCUGCCUUUGGUCAGGCUUCUGCCGAAGGGAGCGCUGCCCUGCGACGUGCACCUGACCACCCUGCGUACCCUCUCCGAUCCCGAGCUGCAGCUGUUUCCGUCCGCCUCAGCGUUGCUGGUGCUGCACCGUCAGGGCUUCGAUUGCGGCGUGAGCGCUGGCAGGGAGUUGGGUAUGCAGGCCGUAUGCCCGCUUUCCAGUCAGGGAUUGGGCAAUGUGCAGCUGGGUCGGCUGAGUCUGCACAACAUCGAGGCCACCAGUCUGACGGGGAUGGAGAAGAAACCGCCCAAGGAUGCCCUGCGCAUACGCUCCUUGGCCGAGGUCACUCUGGAGCCGAUGGAGCUGCGCACCUUCAACCUCACAUUCAGGGCGGAGGUGUGAGGCGGCAAUCACGAAGGCAUAUUUAGCUGAAAUAUUUAUUGUAUUUAUUUGUGGCUUAGCUCUAAUUUAUUAGUUGUAAGUUGGAAAGUUCUUAGCUUUAUUUAGUUCUCGUCACGUCUACUACGGUCUGUCUGCAACAGUUUUAAAAGUACAAAGCACACGACAUAUACAUAGAAUAGGGUGGGUAUUUGUUGUAUUUGUUUGUUUAAUUAAUCUGAAAAGAUAAGGAUAGAGAAAGAGAUGAAUUCCUUGCACAUCCUUUGAUUUAUAAUUUGAAUUCUAACAUCAUUAUUACCCACCCACCCAAGCAUACAGAAAGACAAGCCAUCUUGGCAGCCUGACUUUAUGCAUUCAAUGCCCAAAGACACCUUGACACACUUGACGACUGCCCAGGGCACACAUCUCACCCAGUUUCAUAUUAUAUUUACCUAAACCUGUGCAAUAAUGAUCUUGAACUCGACACGAUGGAAGCGAUGAUGCAGCGCCUAGCCUAAGGAUUAGCUUGAUUAUUUUAGAUUGAAAUAUUUAGACAGCAAGUUAGACAAAUUUUCGUUCUCGUUUGCGCGUUAUGCGUUCGCAUCGAUUUUUUUAGACUGAUUAGCCUAAAAGCUAUUGCAAAAUUGGCUCAUACAUCUUAUAUAUCUCAUUCGCUCUAACACCGAUCCUAACCCUUAAAUAGGCUUAAGUUUUAAAUGAGCAAACGUAGUAGUGGGGUAGGAAAAGUAUAAGCCAAAUAUUACAUUACAUUCACUAGCAAUAUUGUACAUAGUCGAAUAGGAUUUCCAGGCACGGUAUAUAUAGAAAUAUAUUAAAUAGCCCCACUUAGACCUAAGCCCCCCCAUCUCAACUCUCUGGAAUAUAAAUCUUCGUAUACGAGGGUCAAAUAGUUACUACUACUGCUGACUACGGAAACAGACAGAAACAUUCAAGGCAACAAAGACAAAACUUUAGAAAUCCCGAAAGGUAGGAAAUGAAAGCAGCGAUGGUUAGAAAGGAUUUGUGUAUUUAUUUAUAAAGAAUUGUAUUACUUUUAAAAAUUUAUGAAUACAAGAAAAUAAAGUAUUAAAUGGAAACCAA